AGGUUCACUGCGGCGCUGGCGCCAGUUUCGACGCCGAGCGCCGCCACGACCAGGGCGUCCAGUGGCCGCCGGCCGGGGACCCGGACUUCCACGCGCCGGGGCCGGGCACAGCGCCGCUGGCGGCGGCCGCCGCGGCGGGCGCCCUUCCCGUGCCGGCCACCAGCUCCAGGGCCAUCCCCGGCGGCAUCCACAUCGUGGACCCCUCCACCGUGCCCGGGCUCACCGACAGCCCCGUGGCCGUCCACGGGCCGCCCGCCGGCCUCGGCACGCCCGCGGGCCCCGCGCCGCCCUCGAGCACAAGGGCGGCCCUGGCGGCCGCCAUGGGCUCGCCCGCCAGCAAGAGCAUCAGCGAUCUCCUCAGCGACGCCGAGGAGCAGAACGCCGCCGAGCGGGAGCGGGAGCGCAGGCGGCGGCAGGCGCAGAUGCUGGCCAACCAGAUCGAGGAGCAGCGGCUGCACCGCGAGGCCGAGCGCGAGAGGCGCGCGCGCGAGGACGCCGAGGAGGAGCAGCGGGUCGCCCGGGAGCGCCGGGAGCUCGAGCUGAGGUACGAGCGCGAGCGCGCGGCGCUGGCGCCCAAGGGCCCCGACCCCGGCGGCCCCGAGGCCGCCCGGGCAGAUCGGCCGCCUGGCGCCGCGGCGCACGAGGCCACCCUCGCGGCGCCCAGCGGCACCCGCCGGCGCCGCGGCGGGGGCAGCAAGGCGACCACGCGGGGCUUCCAGAGCACCGUGGAGAAGCAGCAACGACCAGUGGGGCUCCCCGCAGCUGGACCAGCGCGCGUCCGCGCGCCGCCGGCGCCGCCGCAGGACACAGAGCACGUGGCGCGGGGCCGAGGGCGAGCCGAAGAGGACGUGGCACGACCCGGGCGACGACAGUUUCAGCCUUCCCCUGCAGACGCUGGAGGGGCCAGGCACGCGCGACACGAGCUCGCCCACGAAGUGGCUGUCGGAGAAUCUGCGGCCUGAGCAGGACACCCUCACAGCGGCGCGCGAGGGCCGCCCACAGGAGUCGAUGCGCAAGUCCAGGGCGCGACGGCACAGGAGCACGCGCCGAGAGCGCGAGCGCGCGCGGGACGGCUUCGCCGAGGAGGACAGCUACAGCGGGCAGUGGCCCGCCGCCCGCCGGAGCAUCGACGAGGCUGGCCCGCCGGGCGGCGACGGCGCGGGGCGAGAGCCGUGGGGCGCCGAGCCUCCAGGGACGGGGACCCGCUCCAAGCGCACCCGCUCUGGGCGGGACCGCGCCGACGAUCGCGAGCCCGCCCGAAACGCCUCUCGCAGCCCGCACCCGCCGAGGAUCCCGGAGCACUCCUCGCCCCCGCGCGUCAGCGCCGGAGUGCCGGAGCGGCGCGGCGCGCCCGAGGAGUCGCGGGAAGAGCUGCGGAGGCAGCUGGGGUCCCUGCUGCGGCAGGCGCAGGAGAUCAUGGCCAGGCUCGAGCCGCAGGAGAGCGGCGCGCUCGCGGGCCAUGGGCUCCCCGCUGCGGGCAGCGGCGGCCCCGACAUGGGCGGCGGGGGCCGCUCGGGGCGGCACGGCCGGCGAGGCGACGGCCAGCGCACGCCGAAGCGAGGCGCGCCGGG